AUGUCGACCACCACUCCCGCCGCCUCGACGCUCCCGCCUGCACCAUGGAAGCAGCUCUUCAGCAAACACCUGGGCGAGAUGAAGCCGCCCCAAUUCGUCCUUGGCACCCUCGACAAAGCCCCUGAAGGCGCACCUGUGGAAUACGUUCCCCGCGUGCGAUACUGCAUCUUCAGAGGCUUCUGGGCCGAGCUGCCAGAGAACAAGCACAACGGUGCUGAGCGCAACCCCGAGCUCUACCACAGCGAUUGCCCAACUUUCACAACGGAUGUGCGCAUGGAGAAGGUCGGACAGAUCUUUAAAACUAGCGCCGGGCACGCGGAGAGCGGCGAUCAGAUUCAGGGCAGCGGCGGUGGAGGGCCAGUCGAGGCUGUCUGGUGGGUUGAGGGCGAGACACAAACACAAUGGCGCGUCGCUGGGAAGGCUUACAUUAUCGCCGACGACAUUGAAAGCUCCGAUGAGAGCAGCGGCGUCAGGACAGUCAAGAGCGAGGUCGGCAAGAGGAUGAGGGCGCUCAAGGAGGGUGGAGAGAGCGAGUGGAGCUGGCAAAGGGAGCUUACAGGGUUCUUUGGCAACCAGUCUCCUGCCAUCAAGGGCUCUUUCAAGAAUCCCCCUCCCGGCCAGCCCGUAACGGCACCUUUCGAUAAGGAGCGCCUUCAGCUUGGCUCAAAAGCAGAUGACCUUCACGACGAAGUCGCAAGAAAGAACUUCCGUCUCGUAGUCAUCGUCCCCGACGUCGUCGAGCAGACCGAUCUCAGCGACCCAGAGAAGGCCAGGAGGUUCAGAUACACGUGGGACGGCGAGACAGCGCGUCACAACGCCGGCUGGAGAACAGAGGAAUUGUGGCCGUGA